AUGGCUUCUCUUCCACCAGUCGCCAUUCCUGGGCAACGUCUUGGCCCUACAUCAACAUAUUCUGCAGGCCCUGGCACACAUGUCCAGCAAUCCUUCAUCUAUGCGUCCAUUGCCGGACCCGUAGUUGCAGACCCUGCCCAGCCGCAUACAUCAACACUACCAACCCUUAGAGUCUCACGAGUGACUCACUCCAAUGGCCAAGCAGCCUCAAAUGCCUCGGUCGCUCCAUUGGCUACAAAAUCAAAGCCCCGCUAUAACACGCUACCUGCUGUGGAAUCCAUUGUUCUUGCACGAGUCACCCGCGUGCAGAAGCGACAAGCCACAGUCAACAUUCUUGUUGUCUUAGACGAGUCAGCAUCGCAAGCUCAAGACCAAUCACGAACAACCUCAGACAAUGAUAAUGUCGCCUCCAUUCUCACAUCCGCCGCCAAUCCAGAAAACCACAGCAGCACUGAUGAGCUGCGCUUCCAGGCACUAAUCAGGAAGGAAGACGUGCGAGCUGUUGAAAAGGAUCGGGUUGUUAUGGAUGAGAUGUUCCGUGUGGGUGAUAUCGUGCGCGGCUCGGUCAUCUCGCUCGGUGACCAGAGCUUUUACUACAUCACCACCGCACGCAAUGAUCUCGGUGUGGUCAUGGCUCGCAGCGAUGCGGGUAAUAUGAUGUUCCCUGUCAGUUGGAAGGAGAUGAGAGAUCCCGUCAGUGGAACUAGUGAGCCGAGGAAGGUUGCCCGGCCAUUCUGA